AUGGGUAUGCAGAAUGUCUUUGACCUUUUCAAAACCAAAGACAACAUGUGCAGAAGAACCGCCAUUGGUCUUGGGCUGGUGCUCAGUCAACAAUUCACAGGUCAGCCUAAUGUCCUCUUCUACGCUUCCACCAUCCUUUUCUCUGUGGGAUUUCAGAGCAAUGCAUCUGCAGUUCUUGCGGCGGUGGGUCUGGGUAUAGUCAAAGUCAUUGCUACUCUGUUGGCAAUGGUAUGUUCAGACAAGGUUGGUCGAAGAUCACUUCUGAUUGGGGGAUGCACAGUGCUGGCUAUAGGAUUGAUACUCCGUGUCUUGUGCGGACAGUCCGUGAUUGAUACAACAAAACGGUGCACUUCAUUAGAACCACAUUCAAAUUUGACCUCACUGGCUGAAAAUCAAGAAAACGUGGGCAUCAACUUGGUCAAUCAAAGUACUCCAUCUGCUGGACGUGAAACACAUGAUGCUUACGGAGAUUCAAAUAUUUCUUCACACUCAGAGGACAUGUAUAAGUGGAUUAUUUUUAUCUGCAUGAUGACAGUUGUGAGUGCCUUCUCAGUCAGCUUUGGACCAAUGACAUGGCUUGUGCUAAGUGAGAUAUUUCCAAAGGAAGUCAGGAGAAGAGCCUAUUCAUUCAUCAACUGCUUCAAUGUGGGGGCCAACCUCAUAGUUACCUUUUCUUUCUUGAGUAUAACAGAUGUGAUAGGUCUAUCUGGAAUAUUCUUUGUGUAUGGAGUUAUUGGAAUGGCAGCAGUUGUGUUCAUCUACCUUGUACUACCAGAAACCAAAGGAAAAUCUCUUCAUAAAAUUGACAGAGAACUGUCUCAGACACGAUUUAUUCACAGAAAGGAAUUCUGCAAUAUUUUCCAAAGAAGACAUUUCUCCCCAGGGUAUCAGAGAGUUCACUUGACAAGCACAACAACAUGA